AUGUAUGGCUCUAAAAAGAGAAAUAGGUUAUCAUUAAGUUGUAAUUAUUGCAAGAAACGAAAGGUUAAGUGCGACAGAGGACGUCCAUGUUCUUCAUGUGUUAGGUAUAAUGUACCAGAUCGUUGUAAAUAUGAUGAGGGCUACAUGAGAAAUGAAGAUGGCUCGAAUACUUCCACAUUUUAUGUCAGAACUGUAUCAAAUGAAGAAGCUAGUGGAUUUUAUGACUAUAGCGUUAACAAAACUAUUCAAAGAGACAGCGAUUUGAGAAAUUACGAAAAUACCACGAAGCCUAGCCUAAUUCAGGCCAGUUUGAAACCCCAUACCAAUGCAGAGCUAGCAGCAGAACUCGAAAACUUGAAACAAAAAUACAAGGAGAUGGAAGGUAUGAUUGUGGGCAAUAAUGACCAUCAGAUUCAAAAUAGAUUUCAAGUAAACUCGAGUUCACCAAGGGUUCCAAAUAAUGACUACAACCUGGGAGAAUACCACAAUUUUGAUAUCUCCGAAUCAAGACCAAUUCAAUUACCGCCAUUAAACUGGAUCCCACUUCCUACUAACCCUGAUACACAUGAAAAAGGGGAGGAUUAUAUGGAUCCGUCAAUUUUAAAGAAGAAUCCUCAGUUUAUUGGCAUCAACCCGUAUUCUUCACCCGACGAUAUUAUAAAUUUUUACGAAGGAUACUCCCCAGUUCAUGUACGUGGUCCAAGAAAAAUGAAUCAUGGACCCUUUUCUUGGUUCUCUUUAGUCAAAAAAGAUCCCUGCUUAAGCAAGUUGUGGGACUUUUUAGUCCAUAAUAAAGUAAACUUUAAUGGUCAACCCUCUGCAUCUGUCGAAAAGCUAUUUGAUAGAGUUGAUGGAACUUUAAGCCAGGGCAAGAAAACUAUAGAAAGGCCAGCAGAAAACUUGGAAGUGCAGUUUCAAGUUAAGGCAAUGGAUAGGGAAGGAUACAAUGAUGUUUUACUGUACAAUGAGUUUCGCACAGCUAUUGAAAACUCAAAAGAGAACAAUAAGCUUACAGUACUAAAUAAAAACGCAAUUUCAUUAGGACUAACAUUUUUUGAAGGUAAGAUUGACCAAGAGUUGAAAUUAAUUGAAAAGAUUGAAGUCGUUUUACCAGAGCAGAAAGUUAUUUGGACACUUAUAAACAAGUUCUUCAAGAAUGUGUAUGCUUUUAUACCUUUCAUUGACGAAAAAUCAUUCAAGUCAGAAAUGAGUAGAAUAAUAGGGCCCGAGGGCUACAAUCAGGUUAAAAUAUCACCUUUGAAGAUUGAAAAGAGAUUAGAUUUUGCUUACGUUGGAAUUUUAUUAUUAAUGUUAAGGCUAUCAUAUUUAUCACUUUUUUCGAACAGGAAGAAGGUGAACGAGCAAAACCUUUCAACGUCAGAUCCAUCGCUCUUUGCACAAGAAAAAAAAUAUUUGCUAUCGCAUCCGAUUAGCAUUGAUAUUGUAGAAAUGGCUGACUUAUGUUUAAAACAGUUUAAUUUGUGUGAGAAAUCUAACUUGAUAAUUUUUCAGUUUGCUUUCAUGACCCGUCUUUAUCGUGUUUUUUCUCCUGAAGAUGGCGAUGGAAGUGAUGGUAGUGACUCACAGGUGUCAACGGGCAUGUUAGUCCAUAUGGCCUAUUCAAUUGGGCUUAACAGAGAUCCUGAUAAUUUUCCUGAGCAAACAUUUGAUAAGAAGACGAACAAUUUAGGGCGAAAACUCUGGUUUUUCUUGGUUAUUGUGGAUUUACUUCAGUCUUACUUUUACGGGAAUCCUUCAACUAUUGAUGCGAAGUAUUUCGAUACAAAGCUACCUUACUAUGUUGCAGGCAAUGAAAAUGUAAACGAUGUGGAAAUUGAAAAAAACGUGAUAAGUACAUUUAGGUAUUUCGAAGCAUAUUAUAAACACUUGAAAAGAAUAUUGGAUUUAACUUUGGCAAUCAAUAGUAAAACUAGAGUCCAAGAGUUAUGUUCUGAUUUGAGCCUGUUCGAGAUAUUCUUGAAUAAUACAUAUGGAUCGUUGAAAAACUUCAUGAUGCCGUUUGACGAAGAUAACUAUCCUUUCCCAUUUGUGAAAACUAUGAAAUGUAAAAAUAGCUUGAAUAUGAAACAUUUUAUGCUUUCUAUCUACUAUUUCAUAUUUUUAUUUUAUGAAGCGAGACAUGACGUUGAAAUGUCUUACUUUUACUUGAGAAAAAUGGUUGCAAUAAUAUGCAUAGAUUUAGUGCCUUGUUUUCAUCAUCUUGUCAGUGAUAAUCAUUUAUAUUUUGGUGAUUCUGCAGAUCUCAUCUUGAACCCAGUCACGCAAUCAAUUUGUCAUCGAGUUUUAUCUUUGUUCUUUGGCUUCUUAGCAAGAAUUAAUUUGCUUGUUUAUACCUACAAGAGAGAUAAAUUACAUUCAAUGAAACUACAAUCAGAUUCAGAAUAUAACUUGAAAUUUUCAAGGUUAUGUCAUUUAUCUAAGUCGUUGGAGAAAAUAUGUUGGUUUACAAUAACAGUGUUGUCAAGGCUCAGUGAGAGGUAUUAUUUCGCUUGGAGAAUCACAAAAGCUAAUAACUUCUGUCUCAAGGCCAUUUGUGGGGAACUCAUAUAUAAAUCAUUAGAAUUUGAAAGCAUUUUUUCAUACUUAGAUGCAGAUAAAUUAGGAGAGCUUGUUUCUUUUACGCUGAGCUGUGAGAACAAUCUCAAGAAGUUCCAAAACCAAUACCCACAGGAGGAUGAUAAACGCCAAGAGUUCAACCGAAGCGGGCAAUCUAAAGCUAAAGAUUUAUCCCCCGAGAAAGGUACGGAAAGUGAUAAGUUCCAUUUAGCUACAGCUCCUUCGACUUAUGAUGGUUCUGGAUUGCCCUCAUUGGGUGAAGAUAGCUUUAAUGCUGAUGAAUUUCAUAUUCUUGAGAAUCCAGAAAUCGACCAAUUGUGGUUCCAAAUGGCAUCCUUGAAAAAUGAAAAAACAGUUACGACUAAGCAAGACCCAGCCAUGAAUGGAACAGGCAAUCCACUUCAAGGCGCUAACUACUCGCAUAAUAACUCUACCGGUUUCAACUCUGCUAAGAGUACUUCAAUGCCGCCCACAGGCGAUACUGGUGAUACCUUACCUUCAUUAGACUUUCCAAUAAGCCCCGCUAGCUGGGAGAUGGGAAUGGACAUCACGCCCACGGAUAAUGUCUUUGACAUAUUCAGCAGUCUUCCCAUUAACAUGCUCUUUGGGCUAGAUGCAAAGCAAGUUACUGAUCCUGCUUCAUAA